AUGGCGUGGAUGUCCAGCGGGCGAAGCAAUGCCGAGCUCAUUGAGAAUAUGCGAAGAUCUGGCUUGAUUCAGUCCGCAAGGGUUGCAGCUGCAAUGAAGCAGGUCGAUAGGAAGCAUUAUGUCCCAGAAGCGACUACUGCCUAUGAGGAUGCACCCCAAAGAAUAGGUUAUGGCGCCACCAUCUCCGCCCCACACAUGCACGCCCACGCAUGCGAGAAUCUACUCGAAUUGUUACCUGAGAAUACACCUGAAGGGCAGGAGGCACCAAGAAUACUAGAUGUAGGUAGCGGUUCAGGCUAUCUGGCCGCUGUCCUUCACCGCAUAUCUCCCCAUUCACGCAUCAUCGGCAUCGACCACAUUCCGAACCUGGUGGCUCAAUCUAUCGACAACCUCCGAAAAGACGGCGUUCAAGUGCUCGACAAACAUACGGGCCAGAGUGGAGGUGUUGUAGUGAUCAGCGGAGAUGGGAGAAAGGGCUCGAAAGAGCAUGCACCUUUCGGGGUCAUUCAUGUUGGGGCGGCGGCGCCUCAUAUGCCUCAAGAUCUUGUGCAUCAACUGGCAAAACCGGGCAGGAUGUUCAUCCCUGUCGGAGAAGGUUCUCAAGCCGUCUGGCAGGUCGACAAGUCUGUGACAGGGGAGAUUACGAAGAAGAAGCUGUUCGAUGUGAUGUACGUCCCUCUCACUGAUGCUGAUAAGCAAUGGCGGGGAUGA